AUGUCGAGUCAAUCCCAUGACAAUCUGAGGGUAGGGGUGGAACCAGCUGGGUUCGAUCGAGACUUGAGCAAAGAGGUUGCUGUCGAGGAUGAUAUUGUUUCUCUGCCUCCACCACCAUUGAAAGAUGGCGGUCUCAGGGCUUGGCUUCAGGUUGUUGGAUGUUUUCUCGUCUUCUUUAAUGUUUGGGGUUUCACUUUCGCAUUCGGUGUCUUCCAAAAUUACUACGAGACCCACUUGCUGAGCAGCAGUACUCCUUCUGAGAUAUCGUGGAUUGGGACACUUGCAUCAUACCUUCUCAUCGUUAUCGGCAUCAUAUCUGGACCGCUGUUCGACCUUGGCCAUUACCGGAUCAUGCUGUUUGGUGGCGCGGCCAUGUCAUGUUUCGGAAUCUUCAUGCUGAGCCUGUCGAAGGUGUACUAUCAGAUCAUACUAACCCAGGGCAUAUGUACAGGCCUGGGAUGUGGUGUACUGUUCAUUCCAGGCAUGGCGCUUGUCAGUCGCUCGUUCAACGCACGAAGAGCAGUUGCUUUAGGCCUUGUCAGUUGCGGUGCACCCUUUGGGGGCAUCAUCUAUACGAUUGUUUUUGAGCAACUAAUCGACUCCGUGGGCUUCGCCUGGACAGUCAGGGUGAUGGGCUUCAUCAUGACAGGCACGUUCCUUGCUGCAUUCCCCCUACUCCUUUGGGGAGCGAGCAAUACCGGCGAUAUCAGCUCAGGCACCACACGGAAGCUCUUCGACAGAGCAGCGCUCAAAGAUGUUGGCUUUUGGUUUUAUACUGGGGCAAAUUUCUUCAUAUUUACCGGCUACCUUGUGCCCUUCUUCUACAUCCCGAGCUACGCACAACUUUCACUUGGCGCAUCACGCGCACUGGCGCUCUAUUCGGUCGUGAUCGCCCAAGGUUCUUCCGUUGUAGGACGAAUGAUAUUCGCGACGCUCGCGCUCCACAUAGGAGUGAUGAUACCUUGGGUGAUGUGCGCCUCGGUUUCAGCCAUCCUCUGCCUUGCCUGGAUAGGUAUCAAGACCAAGGCUGCCUUCUGCGGAUUCUGCGCCUUGUACGGAUUCUUUUCGGGAGCACUCAUUCCCCUUCCACCUAGUAUUUUCCCAGUCGUGUGUCCUGACCCAAAAGUCCUCGGUACCCGACUCGGAAUGGCCCAAGCAAUCGGUGCUACAGCAUCCCUAAUAGGUAGUCCAAUAGCUGGCGCCUUGGUAGGCGACAACGGACAGCAUUAUAUCGGAUUGCAACUCUUCAGCGGUCUCGUCAUGCUGAUCGGCACGGCUUUUCAGAUCUUCCUUUGGAUCAAUCUAGUGAAAAAGAGGAACUGCAAAGUAUCCGUAUGA